UUCAAAAAAAAAAAAAAAUUGAUCCUUUCUUCUAUGGUAUGAAGUGGUUCCCUUGAAUUACAUCGAUCUCACCGUCCCUCCGCUCUCGGAUACUCGCAAAAUAUCGAGCUUCAUCCGUUUGUAUUUUCCGGGUCUCCGAAGUUUGAACCGGAGAGCGAAACGAUGUUUCUUGUGGAUUGGUUCUACGGCGUUCUUGCCUCCCUCGGUCUAUGGCAGAAAGAGGCCAAGAUAUUGUUCCUCGGCCUCGAUAAUGCCGGUAAAACCACAUUGCUUCACAUGUUGAAAGACGAGAGAUUGGUUCAACACCAGCCAACUCAGUAUCCCACAUCCGAGGAGCUUAGUAUUGGGAAGAUUAAGUUCAAAGCUUUUGACUUGGGUGGUCAUCAGAUUGCUCGCAGAGUCUGGAAAGAUUACUAUGCUAAGGUGGAUGCUAUGGUUUACCUGGUAGAUGCCUAUGAUAAAGAGAGAUUUGCAGAAUCGAAGAAGGAACUGGAUGCACUCCUUUCAGACGAGUCCCUUGCCAAUGUCCCAUUUCUUAUCCUUGGAAACAAGAUUGAUAUACCAUAUGCUGCCUCUGAGGAUGAGUUGCGAUACCAUCUCGGUCUCACCAACUUUACCACCGGCAAGGGGAAGGUAAACCUAGCAGACUCAAAUGUCCGUCCACUAGAGGUAUUUAUGUGCAGCAUUGUCCGCAAAAUGGGAUAUGGUGAUGGCUUCAAGUGGAUGUCUCAGUAUAUCAAGUAGGUUAAUGACCAGAAAGAUGCAUUAUGCAUUCGUACCCCAACUCCAUCUCAUUGCAUUGAUUCCGGGGAAAAGAAUGUAUACAUCAAACUGUUUGAACAGGCCCCCAAGUGUGCUUUAAAUUGGGAUGUAUAGAAGGGAGGUAAUACUGUCACUGUCCUGUAAAAUAGUUGUGGCAGCAAGUCUCUGGUACUGUAGUUUUCUCAAUGAACUUACAUAUCCUACCACAAUCUGAUGGUUUUCACUAGAAAGCAAUGUUUCUGAUAUGUCAUCAAGUCAUAGGGUUAGGG